AUGGACUCCAAGAUGUAUCUCGCAGAGCAGGUGCUCAAUGAGCAACGUACAGUCACCUACCGGUCAUUGAGCCGCGCUUUGAAGAUCCACGCCAACCGCGCCAAACGGAUCCUGUUCGAAUUUCACAACAAAGAAAACGCGAAGAAGCCCCAGAGUGUCCACGCUACCUACGUCAUCUCCGGAAUCCAAAAGGCUCCAGAGCGGCCAGCAACGAAUGGCCAUGCGAAGGACGACGAAGAUGAGGUUAUGCAGAGCAGCCCCUACUUGCCCAGCUCACAGCCAAAUGAGGAUGCCGCAUCCGGCUCCCUACGCAUUGCCUCGAUCAUACUAGCCCGGGAGGAAGAUCUGGAGGGUAGGCAAUGGCUGUCGCAUUUUGUUCAGCCGACAGUUCUCCAAGAUCUCAACGUGUUGACUGAUGUGUGUCGAGAAGUCGCCACAGCUCAUGCGCAAGACGACCCGUUGGAGUGCGGAAAGGACUGGGGGAUGAUCCAAAACCGCAAUGUCAAGCGGAGGACGGGAGCUCGUCCACCGCCACCCGCUGCUGCUUUAGCACCCAAGACCAAAACCGAAUCCACAGUCCCUGCCAAACGACCUUUUGAGAAAUCCGCUCCCACAACAAAGCCUCAAGCUAAGGCUGAGGAAACGACAUCUCAGCCAACAUCGGCCAGCAACUCUCAAACGUCCUCCAAGACCGCUGCGAAACCAGCACCUAAGCGCGAGAAGAGCAACUUGUUCAGCUCAUUUGCCAAAGCUAAGCCCAAGCCGAAGGCAGCGACUCCUGCCGAGUCGGCGACACCAAGCGGUGCAGAAGAUGGUAAGUUAUCUCAAUUCGAAUCCCAACUUGAUGACUCACGAUCGGCAGUUGUACUGGAUGAUGCCUCAGAUGAAGAGGCCGAAGAGCUCUUCCCUACUAGCGACGACAAAUCGGCGGUAGCAGGCAACCGCGAAAGCAAAAAAGAGCGAGAAGAGAAGCUCAAGGCCAUGAUGGAAUAUGACGACGCAGACGGUAGGGCCCCUGAAUCUUUAAAUGAAGGCCCAAGUCCCUCCACUCACGGUGUCGCAGAUGAGGAAAUGCCCGAUGCUGAUGAAGAGCCGGUGCGCGAGCCGACUCCCGUCGAGCAACCACCGCCUUCCAAGCCAGUGGAGCUGAAGGAAGAGGUGACUGUACAAGGUGGCCGCCGACGAGGCAAGCGUCAAGUCAUGAAGAAGAAGACGGUCAAGGACGAAGAGGGUUACUUGGUGACUCGGGAAGAAGCGACCUGGGAAUCUUUCUCCGAAGAUGAGCCGGUUCCCAAGAAGAAGCCAGCAGUUAACGUGGCUAAGGGCAAGGGAGCCAAACCUGGACAGGGGAAUAUUAUGUCAUUCUUCGGCAAGAAACAGUAA